AUGGAAUCAAAAAUUUCAAAUUCCAUAGCCAUUUCAUUUUACCUUCUCCUUAUAAUAAACUUCUCUAUAGUUGAAUCGUCGAAUAAAAUUCACGCACAUCGCCCUUGUAAAACCCUAAGUUUUUACUUCCAUGACAUAUUAUACAAUGGUGAAAAUGCCAAAAAUGCAACAUCAGCUAUUGUUGGAGCUCCAGCAUGGGGAAAUCUUACAAAAUUAGCUGGACAAAAUAAUUUUGGAGAUUUAAUUGUAUUUGAUGAUCCAAUUACUUUGGAUAAUAAUAUUCAUUCAAAUCCAGUUGGAAGAGCACAAGGUUUUUAUAUUUAUGAUAAAAAAGAAAUAUUUACUUCAUGGUUAGGGUUUUCAUUUGUUUUUAAUUCAACUCAACAUAAAGGGAAUAUUAAUUUUGCUGGAGCUGAUCCAAUUAUGAAUAAAACUAGAGAUAUUUCUGUUAUUGGUGGAACUGGUGAUUUCUUCAUGACUAGAGGAAUUGCUACUAUCAUGACUGAUUCCUUUGAGGGUGAAGUUUAUUUUCGAUUACGAGUCGAUAUUAAACUUUACGAGUGCUGGUAAUAAUUUUAGACGUUACUAUGUUA